AUGCGGCUACGGCGAGACGCGAAGCUCACGAUUCAAUUUGCCUCAUGGUCGCCGCCCUCCGCCUCCCGGAGCACAUCGUGGAUCAUCCCCUGUUCAUCAGCGCCGUCAGCUGCAUCAACGCGCGCCGGUAUCGCCUACGUUCCCCCGAAGAGGAAGUAUGUCGGCGGCGCCGGUUUGCAGCAAUGCCGCGAUGGGAUUGAUGCUGGGCUGGCAACCAUCAAGUCGAGCUGGAAGCGAACCGGUGUGACCAUUUCAUCCGACAUGAUGACGGAUAAGGCUGGCCGUCCUCAGGCCAACAUCUUCCUCGUCAACGAUUCCGGCGCCAUCUUCAAGAACUGCAUUGAUUGCCGUAUGGAGUCCAAGACCGGUGGCUACGUGGCCGGGAUUAUCAAGCCGGUGGUGGAAGAGGUGGGGCCCCAAAACGUGGUGGCCUUCUGUACCGAUGGGGGAUCAAACUACGCGGCCGCGUGCAAGGAGCUGAUUUCCGCGUGGCCGCACAUUGAGUACGUGCCGUGUGCGACACACGUGCUGGAUUUGCUUCAGGAGGAUGUGGGUAAGAUCAAUUGGGCGAAAAAGGUGGUGGAUCUCCACCCCGCGGGGGAGAACUCAUCUUUUGUGCGCAAUCACCAUUGGACGCGGGGCUACCUUAGGACCCCGGAGUUGGUGGGCGCAACUGUGCUGCAGGCUCUGAAGCCGGCUGGGACACGCUUCGGGACACAGUAUAUUAUUGUGUCCCGCCUCUGUCAGCUGCGGAAGGGGCUGACGCAGAUGGUGGUUAGCGAUUUGUGGAAGGAUUGGGCAGUGGGGACGCGGAAGCCGUCGGCGGAUGCUUUUGCCGCGCUCAUCCUCGAUGCGGCUUGGUGGAAGACUGCCGAGUUCUUCUGCAAGAUGAUGCAGCUCCCCUACAAGGUCAUGAGGGAGACCGACGGGAAGGCGAAGGGGAUGAUGGGGAGAAUUUAUGAUGUCAUGCUUCAGUUGACCGUGGAGUUGGAAGAGCUGGUGGAGGCGGAUGAAGAGCAGCUCAGCAAGACCGACAAGGCUCAGAUCCGCAAGAUCCUGAAAAACCGCUGGGAUGGGAGCCUUGCCUGCGCUUUGCACGUCGUGGGCAGAAUCCUCAACCCGGCAAACCAGGAUGAGGAUAUUUUCGGAAGCGACGCAGAGUGCACAAAGGUUUUCAAGACCUGGAUCGUGCAGCAGAGCGAGUAUCUCAAGAGCAGCGGGAAGGCGGGGGGAGAAGGGGAUGAGUGCUUGAUUGCCCUGCAGGAGGGGGUGCGGGCCUUUCUGGACAUGAAAGGGAGCUUCGGCCAGCCAGACGCGAUUGCACAGAGGGCCCUGGUGAAGAAGGGGAAGUAUGACAGCGUUAAAUGGUGGCAGUGGCAUGGGACUGAUGCGCCUCUGCUGGCGUUUUGCGCCAUCAGAACCCUCUCACAGCCCGUGUCAGCCUCACCCUGCGAGCGCGGUUGGGCAGCGUUUGAGUCAGACCACACCGCACGCCGAAACCGUCUUGGAUCAGCCAAAUGCAGGGAUCUGGUUUUUGUUGCGCACAACUGGAAUGUUGUGCGCAACUGGCAUUCUCGUGCGGAUGUGAUGCCCGAAGUACUGCAGGGGAACAUGGAAGACCCACCUCUGCCCGAGGGCUACAAGCUGGUGGAGGAGGCAGAGGAGGAGGAAGGGGAGGAUGAUGUGUUGAUGGAUGAGUAUGAGGACUAG